UAGCUUCCUUAUUAUCCUUGACUGGGUCUUAACACGGGCUUGUUUAUGUUGUGUUUGACGUGAAGGAAGGAGUUCUGUAUCAUGCUUCGUACAGUGUUUUAUCGGGCCCUUCCCAGAUUAGGCAGACUGUCGGCGUGUCAGUACUCUGGUAUUGCCAUCCCAGCACCCAACACUCAACCCGAGGUCCACUAUAAUAAGUUAAUGCUUUCAAAUGAAUGGCAGGAUGCAGCAAGUGGAAAACCUUCCCCUACCAUCAACCCAGCAACCGGUGAAGUAAUCUGUCAAGUUGCAGAGGCUGACGAGACAGAUGUAAACAGGGCAGUGAAAGCAGCACAUAAUGCCUUCAGAUUGGGGUCACCGUGGCGACGGAUGGAUGCCUCUCAUCGUGGCCUGCUACUCAGCCGACUGGCUGAUGCCAUUGAGAGGGAUGCUGCCUAUCUCGCUGAACUAGAGACCCUUGACAAUGGGAAGCCAUAUACAAUUUCUUAUUCCGUGGAUGUGCCUCAUGUGGUGAAAUGUCUCAGGUACUAUGCAGGCUGGGCUGACAAAUGGGAGGGAAAGACCAUCCCCAUUGAUGGAGAUUAUUUCUGCUACACCAGGCAUGAACCCAUCGGAGUUUGUGGACAGAUCAUACCGUGGAACUUCCCUCUGUUGAUGCAGGCCUGGAAACUUGGCCCUGCCCUUGCAACUGGUAACACAGUGGUGAUGAAAGUUGCAGAACAGACACCGCUGACAGCACUUUAUGUGGCUAACUUGAUUAAAGAGGUGGGUUUUCCUGAAGGUGUUGUGAAUAUCUUGCCUGGCAUGGGGCCAUCAGCUGGUGCUGCCAUUGCAAGACACAUGGAUAUUGACAAGGUGGCCUUCACUGGAUCCACAGAGGUUGGUCAUCUAAUCCAGCAGGCUUCAGGUAGCAGUAACCUGAAGAAAGUCACUCUGGAGCUAGGAGGAAAGAGUCCUAAUAUCAUCCUUUCUGACGCCAACAUGGAAGAUGCAGUGGAGCAGUCCCACUUUGCUCUGUUUUUCAACCAAGGCCAGUGUUGCUGUGCUGGUUCACGAACUUAUGUCCAAGCAGAAAUCUAUGAUGAAUUUGUGGAGCGGAGUGUUGAGCGAGCUAAGAAACGAGUGGUGGGAAGCCCUUUUGACUUCAAGACCGAGCAGGGACCACAGGUAGAUCAGGAGCAGUUCAACAAGAUUUUGGGUUACAUCAGCAGUGGAAAGAGAGAGGGAGCAAAACUCAUGUGCGGAGGAGGAGUGGCUGCAGACAGAGGAUACUUUAUCCAACCUACAGUGUUUGGAGAUGUUCAGGACGACAUGACGAUUGCCAGGGAGGAGAUCUUUGGUCCAGUGAUGCAGAUUUUGAAGUUUAAAACACUGGAGGAAGUUGUAACAAGAGCCAACAAUACUAAAUAUGGUCUAGCAGCCGCUGUGUUUACGAAGGAUAUUGAUAAGGCUAACUAUGUCUCCAGUGGGCUCCGUGCUGGCACAGUCUGGAUUAACUGUUAUGAUGUGUUUGGGGCUCAGGCACCAUUUGGCGGUUACAAGGCUUCAGGCAAUGGCAGAGAGCUAGGAGAGUAUGGUCUGGACAACUACACAGAAGUCAAAACGGUGACCAUUAAGGUACCACAGAAGAAUUCGUAGACAUGCGCAUUGAGCCCAAGAAGCAGUUCAGAGGGGAUAUUAGACUGAGAUACUACACCAUGAUCUGUAAUUCUGCUGCUUUCUGCCACACGUGCACAGUACACACCUGUUGACGCAGAGGAUAACUCAGUUCAAGUGAGCACAGUGGACCCCUUUUUUUCUGUGACACUGCAUCUACUCAUAAUUGGAAUAUAAACUAUGAAUACAGUUGUCACACUUUGCAUACAUUACCUAUAAUAUUUGACCACACUAAUGAUGACUCAAACAAUAGUAUCAGAAAUUCUGUUCAAUAGUAUCUCCAUAUCUUAAAAUCUGUACCUUAUUUGCUUUGUAAUCAUAGCACAAUAAAAUCUUUGUGUCCAUUUGUAAUCUGUGGGCUUUGAUAUUUCUAAUUUUUCAUAAUAAAUUAAUUUCAGGCCCUCUG